AUUACGUGUUCUAAUAUUCUUUACUAUUUUUCUCGCAAAAUGAGACCUAGUUGUCACCUAGGACCAGUUGUUCUCGGUCUAAUACUCUUAGCAACUCGAUAUGUCUUGCACAAGCAGUAUUGAUUUUCAUUUACUUUGCAUAUAAAUCGUUGGAAAACCAAAUAAGGAUCAUACUUCACACAUCUGUGAGAGAGACAAGCAAAUACAUCAACCAUGUUUCAUAAGUUCGCCGUCCUCUCUGGCCUGGUGUUAUCAGCCACGUGCAUGGUCCUCCAUCAGCCUCAAAUUCCAGUGCUCCUCGGUGUCCAAUAUGAUUCGAACCCCAACUACAACUUCGCUUACGAAGUCAACGACGUCCACACUGGAGACAUCAAAAGCCAGCAAGAGAGCAGAAGAGGUGACACUGUCUUAGGACAGUACUCCUUACUGCAGCCUGAUGGCAUCAGAAGGACGGUAGACUACAGAGCUGAUGACCACACUGGUUUCCAAGCUACUGUGAACAACGCUGGUGGUGCUAUACUCUCUCAUGCGCAAGCAGCCAUCAACGGUGACAUCACAAGGCACCCCAACCUCGCAGUCCAGUCCUACCAAGCCUGGCCCACUCCCACCGCACAUCCCUCCCCAUCACCAGCUCCCGUAGCCAUAUCCAGGUCCUCAUUCUCACAGACCAUCUCCCAUGGUGCUCCAGCUCACCACCCUUGGGCUUAAAUCAAGAUCUAUCUUCAAAGACACGGCAGCUAAAACUGACUCCGAUUUUUUGCAUUUAUAUUUUAAGCUGUAUGUAUUUCUGCUACGAAUAUCUAUGAGAGUGACUAAGUGAUAAUGUACGUAAUAGUAGACCAGAUCCUGUUAGCCUUGCUCCGUUGCGGUCAGUACUCAAAGGGAAAUUAGCCUAGCAAAGUCUACGACCGGAAUUUUAAUGAUGAUAUAAUCUUUAUCUGUAACUCUUUAUUUAUGUCCUGUAAUGUAUUCUAUGUAUUUUUUGUCAAAUAAAUAAAAACUACUAUAAUA